AUGAAGAUGCUUAUUUCACAACUCCAGAAAAUUAAGGCUGUGAGGAGCAGGAGCAGAGUUGUGGGGGAAAAGAGUUGCUUAUGUAUCAUCACGCGCUACGAUGACUUCUAUUUCACUGUGUCGUGUCUCAUUAGCCAGGGUGUCAGAGAUCUGCAAAGUGUGCUAGCCUCAGCCGGAGGCUUGACGGAAGAACGUUGGAGGAUCUGGUUUGGGGAGUCCUUCUCCAUGUCUCUUGAGUCCCUGCUCCCCUCUUUUUCCUACUAUUCUAUGAUGGAAGGCAGUCCCCCAAAGUAUAAAACCUCUGAUAAUUUCAUAAAAGGAUGUGUCGAGGAAGUAGUGAAGCUGUAUUCUUCUGAAGGUCCCUGUUCAGGAAUCGUUCUGGUUAACCACCAGGAUCAGUGGGGGUUGGUGUGCAGUCAUUCCUGGGAUAUGGAAGAAGCAGCCGUGGUUUGUAAACACCUGAACUGUGGAACCGCCUUAGCAGCGCCAAAGUUUUCUCCAGUGAUUCAAUAUUAUCAAGACUUGUCAAAUGCUCCCUGGCUGCAUGGAGUUUCAUGUAAAGGCAACGAAUCUUCUUUCCGGAACUGCAAUCAAGGGGACUGGAGUUGGAAGGACUGUUCCCAUGACUGGUUUAAUUGUGUCCUUUGUACAGAGAGUGUCUAUUCGAAAGCAAUGCUGGUGAAAGGAAAUAGCCCCUGUGCUGGGUUUCUGGGACAAAUCAUGUCCUCAGAACAUUUGAGGAUCACAUGUGGCUUUUGGAGCAAAGAGGCCACUGUUCUUUGCAGAGAGCUGGGAUGUGGUUCAGCGCUUCAACCUUCCAAGGACGCCCAUCUAAGAGAAGACUUGGGAAAUACAUCCAAGGCUGUGACCUGUCAGGGCACUGAACCUACUAUCCUAAACUGCUUAUUUCAACAAACACUUUUAGAUAGCUGCGAUCUAGAUUCAGCGUCUGAAGUGAUCUGUUCAGGGCACCGGGAGGUGCGCCUUGUGGGUGGGGAGCACCCAUGCGCGGGGCGCUUGGAGGUGCGGCGGGGCCUGGAGUGGGGCACGAUCUGCCAGUCGGACCUGGACCUGGCCACGGCCCAUGUGGUCUGCCGGGAGCUGAGCUGCGGAGCCGCCGUGUCCACCCCUGGAGGUGCUGGCUUUGGCCGGGGGCAGGGCCCUCAGUGGACCCAGGAGACCUUCCGCUGCCGAGGGAACGAGUCUCUCCUGUUCCACUGCCCCCGCGGGCCCGCGCGGACAAAACCCUGCUCCCACAGACAGGAUGCCGCCGUCCGCUGCUCAGAAUACAGGCUGGUGAAUGGCAGCAGCCGCUGUGAGGGGCGAGUGGAGCUGCAGGUUGGGGGGUCAUGGGGCCCCCUGUGCGCCGCCCACUGGGACUUGGCAGAUGCCCACGUCCUCUGCCACCAGCUGGGCUGUGGGGUGGCCUUGGCGACCGCGGGUGGAGUGUUCUUCGGGUCAGGAGAUGGCCCUGCCUGGACCGAUGCCUUUCACUGCACGGGGACAGAGCCCCAUCUGUGGAACUGCCCGCGGAGCGCCCUGGGGGCCUCCUCCUGCCCGCCCCACCACGUGGCCAAUGCCAUCUGCUCCGGUGAAUCGGCGGAGGUGCUGCGGCUGCAGGGCGGGCAGAGCCGGUGUGACGGCCGUGUGGAGAUAUUCCUGCGGGGUGCCUGGGGUCGGAUCGUGGCUGAGGCCUGGGGCCUGGUGGAGGCCGGGGUGGUGUGCCGACAGCUGCACUGUGGAGAGGCUCACAGAGCCUACAGCCUCGAUCAGAUGGCCUGCGGCCCAGAGGCCACCCCCGUGGGGCUCAGCGCUGUCACCUGUGCUGGGAACGAAACCCGCCUGACACAAUGCCAGGUCUCCAUCACCCCGCCAUCUCCUGCGGGGAUGGCCUGGGAUGUGGGCGUUGUUUGCUCUGAGAGCGAAGGCCUGCGUCUGGCAGGAGGUCCUGGGCGCUGUGCUGGGAGGGUGGAGGUGCUCCACGAUGGGCACUGGGGGACGGUCUGCGACGACUCCUGGGACCUGGCAGAUGCCCAGGUAGUCUGCCGGCAGCUGAGCUGUGGCAUGGCCCUCGGGGCCCCCGCCCCCACCGGGUAUGGGGCCGGGACAGGGCCCAUCUGGCUGGACGAGCUGGCCUGCACGGGGAACGAGUCUCGCCUCUGGCAGUGCCCCUCCGCCGGCUGGGGCCAACACAACUGCCGACACAAGGAGGACGUCGGCGUUCUCUGCUCGGAGUUCAUAGACAUGCGGCUCGCUGGUGGUUCCUGGGCCUGUACCGGACGGCUGGAGGUUUUCUACAAUGGGACGUGGGGAAGCGUAUGCCAUAACUCCCUGACGGGUGUCUCCCUCACCGUGAUAUGCAAACAGCUGCAAUGUGGAGCCCGGGGGCAGCUCUUGGACACACCAGAACCAGAUGCAGAAUCCAGGUUGACCUGGGUGGACCAUAUUGAAUGCCGAGAGAAGCACCACACCUCUCUGUGGCAGUGCCCCUCCUCACCUUGGCAUCCACAUUCGUGCCCCAGGACGGAAGAAGCCUGGAUCAGUUGCCAAGAAGAGAGAGAUGAAAAAAAUGAGAGCCCGGAAGAGACCCUUAAAUGCUCAGUCUUCAACAACUGCACAGCGCAGGAGAAGGUGCGCGUGCGGGGCGGUGAGGACGGCUGCUCGGGACGUGUAGAGGUGUGGCACGUCGGGUCAUGGGGCACGGUUUGCGAUGACGCCUGGGACCUGGCAGAUGCCCACGUAGUGUGCCGACAGCUGGGCUGCGGAGCGGCGCUGGCAGCCCCGGGACGGGCGGCCUUCGGUCCGGGGACGGGCACCAUCUGGCUGGAUGAGGUCCGGUGCCAGGGCAGCGAGGCCUCUCUCUGGGACUGUCCGGCAGCCCCCUGGGGCCGCACCGACUGUGACCACAAGGAAGACGCCGCUGUCAACUGUUCUGGUCAGUGCUGGUGA